AAACGAAAAUUAUAGAAACCAUUCUUUAGACAAAACAUUUUAAUACUUAAUAUAAAUCAAUUGUUGAUAGAAAAUUUACUCAUAAACAUAGGAAGCCAAAAGUAGAGUUUAAAGAUAAGACAGGGUAGCGCUCUAACGCCAAUGUUGUUCUAAGAAUUAGACGUCGGCGUCCAGAGAAUUGUUCAGCCACGCGAUCAAGACAUCGUUAUUGAAGAAACAUGGACCAUUGACACGGGGUUUGCUUUCACGGUAAUUAACACGACAAUUAGUACCCAUGGCGCAUCGUGGACAUCGGCACACCCCAGUUAAUUACCGACACGGGUCACUUGGUCUGCUUCGAGCAUUCUGAUUGGUCAACGGGGCUGAUUUGCAUAGGUUACAUUAGGUGACGAAGAGUGAUUGGAGGUCAUUUAUAAUUUUGUCUAUUAGGAAGUAACAGUAUCAACAAUUAAGAAGAGAAUCACGACUUCACGGGCAAUGAAGAAAACUGGUAUGAGCGAAAAAAUGAAGAAAGAGUCUGAAGUUCACACUCCACUUAGAAAGAUAAACAACAAACCCCAGACUGAGAGGAAGAGAAGGGAGAGAAUCAACAAAUGUCUAGGACAGCUCAAGUGUUUGGUGUUCAGAGCUACAGGCAAAGAUGAGAAAAAGUAUCCCCGGCUUGAGAAGGCGGACAUACUGGAGAUGGCUGUCAAUCAUCUGUACGCCAUGAACGCCAAAGAUAGCAAGCAAGGUACGGAGGAAGCAGACGACAGGUACCGCGAGGGCUACAGUCGCUGUAUCGGCGAGGUUCUACAGUGUCUCCGAUUCGAGCGAGGAAUUGAUGUCGUCACCAAAACCAACCUCAUCAAUCACCUGACAGUGUCCCUCUCUCAUCUUGCCUCCACCAACCAACAGACGGGUUACAUCAACCAGGCGUUCGAAGUCAGUGUGCACGAUGACAGUUCCUCCCCCUCCGCAUCAGGAAAGCCCCUGCAUCCCAGCAAUGUCCCAUGCAGCGAAGGUGUUCAGGAAGUGCCAGUUUCCGUACAGCCGAAGUGUGCCGAGGCUCUCUACCAAGACCACAACAUCUAUAUGGACUUCUACACCGCACCGCUUGACGUCCGCCGUGCUGAACUCAACCCCGCCUACACCGAGCGCAUGCCGUGUGACUACCAGCCGCCUUGUUCUCCAUUCCACUCCGACUUCGGUGUUCCUCUCCACACUUCCACUCCCAUGGCGAAGAAGAGACUCCGUGUUAUCCCCGACUUCCCCGCCUUGGAGGACAUCAACCUUAGUGACUGUGUGGCGACUUCCUCUUCCUCCGACAGCGGAAGUUCAGCCGGACCAUGGCGUCCAUGGUAACCGUUUGGACUAGUGCUUUAUCAGGAUGCAGUGCAACAAAUCGAUGCCAAUAAUAAAUCACCGUGUAAUGCCAAACAUGGAUUACCAUGUGAUGCCAAACUUGUUAAUGUGAUGUGAAUAGUACUAUUUUGUUAUUGUUGUUUCUCAUUGGUCUAUUUCAUUUAUAGAAUAAAAUGUUAUUGAUUAAAACACAAA